AAUGGCCUGGGACUCACUGUGUGGCAGGGACCUGCUGCGUCCCACGAUAAGAAGAGCCUCAAGCAUCGCACGGGGAGGACAGAGGGGGGACACCCCAUCCCUGGAGGAUCUGCAGCACCUGCUCUGGACACGUGCACGCCCCAGGGGGCAUGUGGAUGAAGUCUGGCCAAACCUUUAUGUGGGAGACCUGUACGUUGCUCGUGACAAAGCACAGCUGAGACAAAUGGGCAUUUCCCAUAUUGUGAACGCUGCUGCUGGGCGCUUCCACCUCAACACUGGGCCCAAGUUCUACAAAGACCUUCCUGCGGAUUACUAUGGGGUAGAAGCAGAGGACAACCCGAACUUUGAUCUCAGCAUUUACUUCUACCCAGUUGCUCGAUACAUAAGAGCCGCACUGAAUUCCCCAAGAGGCAAAGUACUGGUCCACUGUGCAAUGGGAAUCAGUAGAUCUGCAACUCUUGUCCUCGCCUUCCUAAUGAUCUGCGAGGACAUGUCUCUUGCCGACGCGAUUCAGGCCGUGCGCUCCCACAGAGGGAUCUGCCCCAACUCCGGCUUCCUGGAGCAGCUGCGAGAGCUGGACCUGAGGCUGGGGAGAGAGAAGCGUGCAGGAGCUGGGGUCUGCUAG